AUGGAAAACAAUUGUAUUGUACAUAAUAAAAAAACAUUAUCAAAAUUUCAUGGAAAUAUUAAUCAACUUCGUCGAACCAACGAAUUUAAUAUUUCUAUUUUAAAACAAUUACCAAAACGAUGUUGUUCAUGUAAUGAGAAAAUAGGAGAAUCUAUAUUUACUAUUGAUCAUUUACGUAAACUUUGUCAUGAAAUUCAAUCAAUACAGACAACACCAUCGAUAAUAUCUGAAUCUGUAAAACCUAUCCAUCAUGUAUCACUUAAAUCUUCUACAGGACUCUUAACUCGACAAAGUAAUUACAAAGCUGGUCGUUUUGUUGGACGUGGUGGAGAAAACGUUAAAAAGAUUGAAAAUGAAUUAAAUAUUAAUAUUAAUAUUCCUAAUAAAAAAUCGAUGAAAACUUAUCGUGAAUUAGAAAAGAAACUUCGAUUGAAUGGUGAAAAUAUUCAUCCGCCUGAUCUUUUAGUAUUUUUUACUAUGAAAAACAAUGAUAAUGAUCAAAAUAAUAUUGAAAAGAUUAAACAAGCAUUACAAGAUAAAUGGAAUAAAAUUGAUGUUACCAAAAAAUCACGACCAUUUACAAAUCAAACAUUGUCUUCAUUUAUAAUUCAACCAUCGGCUAUUAUUGAAGGAGAUUCUCGUUGGAGACCGAAAAAACGAAUACCAAAAACGAAACAAAAACUAAGAGAAAAACAAGUCAAUGAACAAGAAGAAAUUAUUUGUGCACAACCUUAUUUUAAACCUCUAUCAAUGCCACAAGAAAUAACGCCGAAAUCCACACGAAAAAAUAAAAAAUAA